GCACUGAUAGAGGAGUCACAAUAACUGCAAACUGGAUCACUCAUAAUUACAGAUCGUGGUGUUGCAUCGGUUGCGUAUUCAAGAACAGGGUGUGUGAUGUUAUAACGAGUGAUUUAGUUUUUACUUGAAAUUUUUACUUCUAGUCUUACUCGAGCUAUUUGACCAAAUACGAAGAGCAAACAUAAACGCGUGCGGUUGUUUUGCUAGCAGAGUUACUUCUCCUAUAUUUUAUAAUUUAAAACGGAAACUACCAACUUAAACAGCAAUUCGGAAGAUUAGACAUGGCAACAACCAAAUAACAACCCGAAUUUUUUCCACAUUCUUUUCAUCAACAUGGAAAAAAAUAAAAAUAAAAUAAUGGAAUGCAAACAAAAUAAAAUUGAAAUUGCGAAGCAGCAGUAAGAAUAAUUCUACUUUAUACAUUCAAGGAAGGAAUGGGGCAACUUAAAAUAGUAACAGGAGGAGUGAGACUGGACGGAAAAGCGUUCGUUUUAGACAGCCUUAUAGCAAGUAGUAUAAAAUCUAGGAGUUACCAGCCCAUUGUAAUAGAAUCAACCAAGAACCUCACCUUGAAAUCCAGGAACAAGGAGGGGUACCUAAGUAGUAGAUUAGUAUUAGAAAACGAUAGACUAGAAUGUUUAACAAAUAAUUUCAAAAUCAUGGAUGACCGAGGAUCACUAUUAUUCUCGGCGAAUAGGAAAGAAGUGCUUGUGGGAUCGGAAACGCUCCACGUUACAGGAGAGGGGGGCACAAUCUUGAGAGGUUCCAUUCAAACUCGGUUGGUCAGAGCAGAAGCUGGACAUGACUUGAGGUAA